UAUUACAAAGUGAAACCCAAAUAAGUGCAUUACUCAUCUUCCCCUAAAGAAAUUUAUUCAAUAACUCAACUCAUGCAAACCCUCUCAUCGCUAACAAACACUACAACAACCCUUGCUUACCAACCUCACCGUCGACCAAUAGCCGCCUCUCAAGCAGCCAUGCGCCACCGGCACGACUUUCCCUUCCCGCCAGUCAGCUACUGCUACCGUAGCUGACCGCCUCCUCCACCACCACAGCUGCCCAAGUAUCAGCCAGUGGUCGUGCCCAGCCCCUCCACCUCCCAUGACGUCUUAUUUGUUCCUUCGAACACUGUUGCUGCCCCUCCUUCACUCAGGUCAGGUCGUGGCUCAAACAAUCAUUCAUGCACCUCCAUUCAUGUCCUUCAAUUGCAAUUAGUGUCUAAAGAUAAGAAACAAAAUUUCAAAAUAUUUAUACUCAUGGUGAUGGAGAGAAUUGAGUCUUAGUUACUCAUCCCUAAUGCUUUCAAAAAGGAGCAAAAAUCAGAGAUUAGAGAUGGAAGAUGAAACAGAAGCUUUACAUGCCCCAUUAAGUAUUAACUUCCCUUAAAACCCUUCAAAAAUUAAAAAAACCAGCAUGAAUAUGAAGAAAGCCAAUUCCUUGUUCCAUCAACAUCCUCAUCAAAUUCCCAAAUCAGAUCAUCAUCAUCAAAUGAGAACUCACCUGUGAAACAGGUAGCAAUGAUGGUCCCCAUCACUGAUGAUCCUGACUUACCAGUGCUGACUUUCAGAACAUGGGUCUUAGGGACAUUUUCCUGCGCGCUGUUAUCAUUUCUGAACCAAUUCUUCUGGUACCGAACUGAGCCUCUCACCAUCACUGGCAUUGCUGCUCAGAUUGCCGUUGUCCCUCUCGGCCAUUGGAUGGCUUAUGUGCUCCCCGUUCGCUCAUUCUUCCAUGGCACACGAUGGCAAUUUUCGCUGAACCCAGGUCCUUUUAAUGUUAAAGAACAUGUACUUGUCACCAUCUUUGCAAAUACAGGAGCAGGAGCAGUUUAUGCAAUUCAUGUUGUUACUGGUGUUAAGAUCUUUUACAAGAAACACAUUACCUUUUUUGUCUCGUUGCUUGUUAUUUUAACCUCACAGGUUUUGGGGUUUGGAUGGGCAGGCCUUUUCCGCCGUUACUUGGUGGAGCCUGCUGAGAUGUGGUGGCCGGCUAAUCUUGUACAAGUUUCCCUUUUCAGGGCUUUGCAUGAGAAGGAAGAACGGCCAAGAUGUGGUCUGACACGCAUCCAAUUCUUCAUAAUUGCCUUCACCUGCAGCUUUGCAUACUAUAUCUUCCCAGGAUAUCUCUUCCAAGUGUUGACUUCAUUUUCUUGGAUCUGUUGGAUUUUUCGCAAGUCUGUACUAGCCCAGCAGCUUGGUUCUGGGCUACAUGGACUUGGAAUUGCAUCUUUUGGUUUUGAUUGGUCUACCAUUUCUUCCUACCUUGGAAGCCCACUAGCAAGCCCAUGGUUUGCUACUGCAAAUGUGGCUGUCGGUUUUGUGCUCAUCAUGUAUGUGCUUAUCCCGUUGGGUUAUUGGCUGAAUGUUUACAAUGCCAAAACCUUUCCCAUUGCUUCAAGUCACCUCUUCACAUCAACAGGUUCAACUUACAAUGUCUCCGCUAUUAUGGACUCGAGUUUUCAUUUCAACCAAGAAGCUUAUGAGAAACAAGGUCCUCUUCACAUCAGCACAUAUUUUGCAUUGACUUAUGGGAUAGGAUUCGCUGUACUAAGUGCCACCAUAGUGCAUGUAGCACUCUUUCACGGCAGGGACAUAUGGGAGCAAAGCAAUGCAAGUUUUAAAGAGAAGAAAAUGGAUAUACAUUCAAAACUUAUGACUCGAUACAAGGAAGUCCCUCAAUGGUGGUUUUGGCUCAUUCUGGUGGUAACAAUCGCAGCAACCAUCUUCGCGUGUGAGUAUUACAAUGACCAGCUUCAGUUACCAUGGUGGGGUGUUCUACUUGCAGGUGCCGUUGCUUUCUUCUUCACACUUCCAAUUGGUAUUAUAAAAGCCAUAGCAAAUCAGUCGCCUGGUCUAAACAUCAUGUCCGAGUACAUUAUUGGAUACAUCUACCCUGGAUAUCCUAUUGCAAAUAUGUGCUUUAAGGUUUAUGGAAACAUCAGUAUGCAGCAGGCUGUUACCUUUUUAGAGGAUUUCAAACUCGGUCAUUACAUGAAAAUUCCACCAAGAGCAAUGUUCACAGUACAGGUAGUAGGAACUCUGAUCUCUAGUGUGGUAUAUCUUGGCACGGCAUGGUGGCUCAUGGAAACCAUCCCGGGUAUCUGUGAGAGGAAUAGCUCGAGCAGUGUGUGGACAUGUCCUAUCGAUACUGUCUUCUACGAUGCCUCAGUCCUAUGGGGCUUGGUUGGACCUCACAGGAUCUUUGGAAGUGAAGGCAUUUAUGGAGCUGUGAAUUGGUUUUUUGUAGGAGGAGCUAUUGCACCAGUUUUGGUUUGGUCGGCGACAAAAGCCUUCCCGACCCAAGAAUGGAUUCGUCUUAUCAACAUCCCUGUCUUAAUUGGUGCUACUGCUUCAAUGCCACCGGCAACUGCAGUGAACUACACUACUUGGAUUAUCGUUGGUUUUCUGUCUGGUUAUGUAGCAUUUAGGUACGCUCCGGAAUGGUGGAAGCGCCAUAACUAUUUGCUUUCUGGGGCACUUGAUGCUGGUUUAGCCUUUAUGGGUGUUGCAUUGUAUCUUUGCUUGGGUUCGGAAGAUUUGAGUCUUAGGUGGUGGGGCAAUGACCUAGAUGGAUGCCCUUAUGCAUCUUGUCCAACCCAAAAGGGUGUUUUGGUUUCAGGUUGCCCUGUUGUAAACUGAUACUAUACCCUCCGUGCUCUAAAUUUGUUAUAUUUGUUAUUUUAAUUUGUUCUCCUAAAUUUUAAAGUGAUUAUUAACAUUUUUAUAUUGACCGCUUA